CGAGGAUGUUUUCUUCUUAAUCGUGGCUUGUGACUGUUCUCCCCGCUGACCCACAGCCUUGAGUUAGGAUUCUCUUUUCUUUUCCAUCACGUUUUUACUCUGACACAAGUGUGCAGUCACCCUUGCAUGUUACCCCACAGGCCUAUUUCAGUCCAGUCCUCAGCAGCGACUGAGUGAAGCCAGCAGAUUCCCUCUGACAUGCUUCGCCUUUAGCCUCCAGGGUCGAGAUUCAUAUUUAUUUCAUGUUUGCUCCGCAUCCCUCGUCAGUGCAUGCUGGGUAAAUCUCCUACCGAUUAGCUAUAAAUACACUAAUGUAACUAAAGCAGAAUCAAUAAAUUAUUGCAUCUGGAAAAGAGCGGUUGAAAUAUUUAUCCUGUUAGUGGGCCGCAGAUGGAUCACACCGACGGGAGUGUACCAAGAAUGACAACAUAAGUUGUGGCUGUUUAGUUUCGUAACAUGGCCCCGACGUGGAGGUAGCAAGCAGAUGUUACUUUGGAGGAAAGCUAUGCUUCUUGUUGGUCCCGGUCCUCCUGUCAACGUCACCUGCAACAUCUUCAUUAACAGCUUUGGAUCCAUCACUGAAACAACCAUGGACUACCGGCUAAAUGUGUUUCUACGGCAGCAGUGGAAUGACCCCCGACUUGCCUAUAAGGAGUAUCCAGACGACUCCCUGGACUUAGACCCCUCAAUGCUGGACUCCAUCUGGAAACCCGAUCUAUUUUUUGCGAACGAAAAGGGAGCAAACUUCCACGAAGUUACGACCGACAACAAACUGCUCCGGAUAUUCCAGAAUGGAAACGUCCUCUACAGCAUCAGGCUGACGCUCAUUCUCUCCUGCCCCAUGGAUCUGAAGAACUUCCCCAUGGAUAGCCAGACAUGCAUAAUGCAGCUGGAGAGCUUUGGCUACACCAUGAACGACCUUAUUUUUGAAUGGCUGGAUGUGGGAGCGGUGCAGGUGGCCGAUGGUCUGACGCUCCCCCAGUUUGUGCUGAAAGAGGAGAAAGGUCUUGGUUACUGUACCAAGAACUACAACACAGGUAAAUUCACCUGCAUAGAGGUUAAAUUCUACCUGGAGCGUCAAAUGGGCUACUACCUGAUCCAGAUGUACAUACCGAGCCUGCUCACCGUCAUCCUGUCCUGGGUGUCCUUCUGGAUCAACAUGGACGCCGCGCCGGCCAGAGUGGGUCUGGGAAUCACCACGGUGCUCACCAUGACGACACAAAGCUCAGGCUCCAGAGCCUCUCUGCCAAAGGUGUCUUACGUCAAAGCCAUAGACAUCUGGAUGGCCGUGUGUCUCCUCUUCGUGUUUGCCGCGCUCCUGGAGUACGCAGCUGUUAACUUCGUUUCGCGCCAGCACAAGGAGUUCUUCAGACUCAGGAAGAAGCUUAAAGAGCAGCAGCGGCAGCAGCAGCAGCCGCAGAGAGCUCAGGGAAGCAGUGACGGUAAGGGGAAGGGAAACACCACGCCAGGAAACAAUGCUGCUCAUGGGAGCGCAACCCAGCGGUGCAGUGCCUGUGCCAGGGAAGAGGAGCUGGCGCAGCAGGGGUUUCUCCUCCAGAGCAUUGGACUCUCCCUGUCCAGCGCCCCGGAAAUGGACGCAACGCCGGUCUUUGCCGACUUGCCUCCCGGUUUAGGUUUUUAUGAAAUCCGGCGGCGCUUCGUGGAGCGGGCGAAGAGGAUCGACACCAUCUCCAGAGCCGUGUUCCCCAUGAGCUUCCUCAUGUUUAACGUGCUCUACUGGCUCACCUACAAAGUUCUACGGCACGAGGACCUGCAGUUCACUCUUUGACCACCGUGAUCACGCCAGGGACUUUUGAACGUGAAACGUCUGCGGACUGAGCGGCAUUUAUUGGGCCACGCAGAAGAUGUUGGACUGCAAGUGCAGUACCACUGAAAAAUUCUAUUAUUAAACAAAUCGUGUGGGUUUUUCUUUUUCUUUUAUUUCUUUUAAUGAAAUCUGCACUUAAUUUGCACUUUGUAAGAGUUGCAUAUCAGAUUACAGUGUGUGUAUAACGUUCCUCUAUCACUUGUGUUUGGAUGCUGUAAAAUCAGGUCAGAACAUUUUACAGUGCACUUAUUCGCCUGAAGGGCCCUCCACACUUGCUGGUGCCCCUGGUAAACAUGUGCAAAAGCAAUAAAAUUAAUAUUUUUAUUACAGCA